AGGAGGGAAGCUGGGUUACAUGCUUCACUGCCUUUUUGCCGAAUGCAGAGCCAGAAAGAUAAGCAGGAAUUGCAGCGGUAGUGAUAAAGAGCUGGCUGUCAUGUCAGGUGGACUUGCCAGAACAGGCACAGAGGGAAUGAGGGGACCAGGACAUCUCCCUCCUGGAGGAUGCUUAGCCGCAGAGACCUGUGAGUUUGGGACAGGGACAGGAGGGGCCUGGCCAGCAGCCUUUGCUUGCCUCAUGCUACUCUUUCUCAUCUUCAAGCCUCAGAAUGGUGUCCUGCCUCCCUCUGUUCUUUUGGCCUCUUUGAUCUUCAGUUUCUCAACUACUCCAGUGCUCUGAAGUGUGUAUAGGAGAGCCACCAGAGAGUCCUCCUAGAGGAGGGUGGAGCAUGCAAGGAAAGGGGAGGAAAUCACAGUAUCUCUUAAACUCUCUCUCUCUUAAGUUCCACGUGGUAGAAAAUGGGGCAUGUAGUAGAAAGUUGGCCCUGUAGGGCUCAGACAGCCUGACGUCUGAAAGCCCAAAGGUGAUCAGGAUCUGCAGCCAGAAAGAAACUCAGGCAGCUUGCCUCCAAAGGGAGCAUCACUUGCCUCUUGCCCUAUCCCUUUAGCCAUCCCUUGUCAGUUUCAGUACCUCCCCUCCCUCGGGUCCCUGCUGACACUGAACAGGGUGAGUGGAGGGCUCUCACCUGCUGUGGGACCCCUUCUCCUCCACCAUCCCAACCAGUCUCAGUGGUCGUCACAGCCGCCAUCUUCAGAUUUUGCCAGGCCUCUGGUGCCUGGAGAACCACUUUAAGUUGACAGGCUGUGCACGCUGCUUAUGCCCAGGGAUCUGCUGCACCAGCCAAGGUCUCCCUACCUCCCCACCCACAGCGACUGGUUAGGUGCUGUCUCUCCUCAUUUGUCUAUGCCUCCCUGGCUCACAGUGUCUCUUGUGUAUUGCUUAGGCAGCUGAGGCCAAAGGGUACAAGAGAUGUCUCUCAGAUUCACACUGAACUUGAAUCAAAACACCAUAAAGGAGGGUUACAAGAUAAGCUUAAGACUGAGAACCAAGCAACAAAACUCAAAGCUUGGGCAUCCCUUGGGUCUCUCACACAGCCCAACGUCACUUAUAUGGGUGGAGGGGUUGCCCUUGGGGUUCUUGGAAGGGAUGAAAGUGCCCCCUGCAUCCUGUGCCAUGACUAAUGUGCCAUUUGGCUGUUGUCCACACAGGCAUUCUGGGAAGAUUUGGAUCUUGCUAGCCCAGGGCCACAGGUCCUGAGCCAGGCUGCAGAAGGGCAGGGGCCAGUAGGUGGAGACUUGGGGGCAGAGCUAAAGUCAGCAUGUUGCUUAGCCUUGAGUGACUUAGUCAAGAUAAGGGCCUCUCUCCAGUCAGGAGCCAAGGAUGUGAUGUCCCUCGGCCUGAGGCAAAUAUAUGCCUAGAUAACAUAGGAGAACGAGGGUGGGUAGAUAGGGACAGAGGGACAGAGCGGAGCUCUGGGAGAGCAGGUGUCAGAGAAGAGGGACCUGAGGUGUUCCUGUGAAAAACCCAUCACAGGGAGACUCUCAGAGACUCAAGAGUUACUUCCCUGCUGUUUCCUGUCCCAUUCCCAUAAAGCUUUCCCCACAGAAAUCAGGCUUGACUAGGCUGAGGUGCAGCUCCAAUGGGACGGCCCCCAGCCCUGGACAAAUGUAGUGCCCAGCUUGAUGCUGCCCUCCAGCUUCUCCAGUAAACACUUGGCCUGUUACCCGGGGCAGGAAAGGGAGGAAAGUAGAUUCCCCAAAGAGGAGACCCAGGAGGCCCCAGGAGGGUGGUGCAGCAGGAUUCCUCCUAGUUCUGCACCCUAUCUGCUGGCAGUGCUGAGAUGGACAGCUCGACCUCUCCUUUAUGGAGGUCCAGGAAAAUCCAGAGUUACCAUCAUCUGAAGUCACUUUCCAAAAAGUGCCCUGUCAUCAUCUAUUCCAGGACUGAAGAGGGGAUGGCUGUGGUCACAGCUCCAAAGCAAGCCUGGCCCCUAUGGCCCCCUCUCCUUUUCCUACUCCUCCUGUCUGGAAGGAACAGUGGCAGGUGCCCGGCUGUGUGUGAUUGUACCUCUCAGCUCCGGGCAGUACUCUGUGCCCAUCGGCAACUGGAGGCUGUCCCUGGGGGAUUCCCACUGGACACUGAGCUCCUGGACCUAAGUGGCAAUCACCUGUGGGGGCUUCAGCGGGGAAGGCUCUCCCACCUGCGCCUGCUCCAAGAACUGGACCUCAGCUAUAACCGGCUGUCCACCCUUGAGCCCGGGGCCUUCCAUGGACUACAAAGCCUGCUCACUCUGAGGCUGCAGAGCAAUCGGCUGCGAGUAAUGGGGCCUGAGGUCUUCUCAGGCCUGUCUGCCCUCACACUGCUGGACCUCCGCUUUAACCAGAUUGUCCUCUUCCUUGAUGGAGCUUUUGGGAAGCUGGGCAGCCUCCAGCAGCUGGAGGUUGGGGACAAUCACCUGGUGUUUGUGGCCCCAGGGGCUUUUGCAGGGCUGGCCAAGUUGAGCACCCUCACCCUAGAGCGCUGUAACCUCAGCACAGUACCUGGCCUGGCUCUGGCCCAUCUCCCAGCCCUAGUGGUCUUAAGGCUUCGGAAACUGGACAUUGGGAGCCUGCCUGCAGGGGUGCUCCGGGGCCUUGGGCAGUUAAAGGAGCUGGAAAUCCACCACUGGCCAUCUCUGGAGGCUCUGGAGUCUGGGAGCCUGGUUGGGCUCAAUCUCAGCAGCCUGGCCAUCACCCACUGCAAUCUGAGCUCGGUGCCCUUCCAGGCUCUGCACCACCUGAGCAUCCUCAGGGUCCUGGAUCUAUCUCAGAACCCCAUCUCAGCCAUCCCACCACGAAGGCUCAGUUCCCUGGUGCAGCUCCAGGAGCUGCGUCUGUCAGGGGCAUGCCUCACCUCCAUCGCUGCCCAUGCCUUCCAUGGCUUGACUGCCUUCCACCUCUUGGACGUGGCAGAUAAUGCUCUUCAGACCUUGGAGGAAACAGCCUUCCCUUCUCCAGACAAACUGGUCACCCUGAGGCUGUCUGGCAACCCCCUGACCUGUGACUGCCGCCUCCUCUGGCUGUUCUGGCUCCGCCGCCACCUGGACUUUGGCACAUCACCCCCUGCUUGCGCUGGCCCCCAGCAUGUCCAGGGUAAGAGCCUGAGGGAGUUCUCAGAUAUCCUACCCCCAGGGCAUUUCACUUGCCAACCAGCUCUGAUCCGAAGGUCUGGGCCCCGAUGGGUCACAGCAGAGGAGGGGGGGCAUGCCGUUUUCUCCUGCUCUGGAGAUGGAAACCCAGCCCCCACCAUUUCCUGGAUGAGGCCUCAAGGGGCUUGGCUGGGAAGGGCUGGGAGAGUAAGGGUCCAUGGGGAAUGGACGCUGGAGAUCCGCUCAGUGCAGCUACAAGAUAGAGGGGCCUAUGUCUGUGUGGUCAGCAAUGUAGCCGGGAAUGACUCCCUGAGGACCUGGCUGGAAGUAAUCCAAACUGAGCCAGCAAAGGGCACUCUCUCUGAUGCCAACAUCACCAUGCCACAGAUCCCAGAGCCUUUCUUCAUGGAUAGCAGAGGCAUAGCUGUGGUGCUGGCAGUUGGCUUCCUCCCCUUCCUCACCUCGGUGACCUUCUGCUUUGUUCUCAUUGCCCUUUGGAGCAAGAGCAAAGGCCAGGUCAAACAUCACAUGACCUCUGACUUUGUGGCACCUCGGCCGUCUGGGGAUAAGAACUCUGGGGGUAACCGGGUCACUGCCAAGCUCUUCUGACCUCUGCUUCCACACUGGGGACCUAGACAUGCCAGCUUCAGAUAUCAAAGGGGAAGAGAACCAAGACCACUUGGGCUAAAAACCUAGUCCCAAGCUGCACGGACUUCUCACACGUUCCGCCCACACUGUGCCAACAGCUAAUGAAGCCUCCCAAUAGAGAGUCUGCCUCUCCAUGGUUUUGCAGUUUGAGGAUAAAAUUAUCAUCAAAAGAUAACCAUACCCUGAGAGUAUUAAGGAGCUGAAGAUGUAGACCUUGUAGUCAGCCCAGCAGCCCCCGCCACACACACACAGAGCAGGAAACAUAACCAAGACUCUAGUCUGUUAGUUCACACACACUUACACCCUUUAAUAACUUUUGCCAAUCACAGUUGUAAGAUUAUUUCAGAGGUGGGGCUGGGAAGUGCCACUUGCUUCUUGGAGUCUCUGCUACUCAACCAAGUGGUCUCCCUCUUCUUUUCUGCUCUGUCCCCUCCCCAGGUGCAAGGAACUAGGGCCAAGGGCCUCAGGCUAAGGAGAAGAGGAUAUGAAAGUGUGAUGGGGAGGACAGGCUACGCACUGACACUGUGUCUGCAUGAAUCUCCAACACCUGCCUCUGUGUGUCACAUUAAACCUGCUGCCAAAAGGCCAAGACAGUAGCAGCCAUGGCUAAA